GUGGCGGGGCUGCUCCUGGCGAUUUGGGGGUAUCCUGGACAAGGUGAUCCUGACUCUGCCAGGAGAGCGUGUCUGGGGCCGACAUCCUCGAGACUGCUCGUUCUGAGAGUGGCGGGAGCGAGCGCCGGCGUCCGCUGUGAACCCCUUGGCUGUCCACCUCAGCCACGUCGACAGCACAGCCCCACCUCUGCAGCACAGAGGACUGGUUCCAGGAAUUCCCAAACAGCCAACACUCAAGUUUUUGAGGAGUACUUGGUCAGCACUCGCCUCUCCUUUGGCAGGAAAGCUAAGAAGGGAAAUGGCUGUGGAUUUGCGGGCUGCUCCGGGGACGGAGCCUGUGACGUUCAGGGAUGUGGCCGUGUCCUUCAGCCAGGAUGAGUGGUUGCACCUGGCCCCUGCUCAGAGAACCUUGUACCGAGAGGUGAUGCUGGAGAACUACAGCAACCUGGCCUCGCUGGGAUUUCAGGCGUCAGUGCCCGCCAUGAUUGGCAAGCUGCAAAAAGGGCAAGAUCCCUGCAUGGAAAGAGACGUCACUGGAGACACCUGCCUAGAUUUCGAGAUUUGGCCAGAGUUAGAAGAAGCAUUGCCCCCCAAACAAGACAUUUUUACUGAAGAAACAUCUCAUGGGCUGAAAAAGAAUGGACCCACUAAGUGUGUUUACUGGAAAAUCAGCUGUGGAGAGCUUGUGAAAUCUGAGAGCCUAGAUCCAGUACAGGAGCAAGGAAAGAAAGCUCAUGAGCCGGGGCCAGCUUCGCCCAAGGAAACCACCAGUGAAGACGGAUCUCCCACAGGCUCGGAGCUGGGGAAGCCCUUGUUCAUAAGUAAAGCACUUGUCUCACAAGAGGGUGAUCCCAUAGAAAGUGCCCCUGGUAUGUAUCACACUUCAGAGAAAGAUUUACCACAGGAUUUUGAUUUAAUGAGAAGCUUUCAGAUUUACCCAGGACAAAAACCUCAUGUCUGCAGUGAAUGUGGGAAGGGUUUUACCCAAAACCUUCAUCUUGUAGAGCACAAGAGGAUUCACACUGGCGAGAAACCUUACAAAUGCAGUGAGUGUGGGAAAAGCUUCAGCCAUAGAUCUUCCCUCCUGGCUCACCAGAGAACCCACACUGGAGAGAAGCCAUUCAAAUGCAGUGAGUGUGAGAAAGCGUUUGGCAGCAGCUCCACACUCAUCAAACACCUGAGGGUGCACACGGGAGAGAAACCGUACCGCUGCCGGGAGUGUGGGAAGGCCUUCAGCCAGUGUUCAACCCUCACUGUGCACCAGAGGAUUCACACUGGGGAAAAGCUCUAUAAAUGUGCUGAGUGUGACAAGGCCUUUAACUGCAGAGCAAAGCUCCACAGACAUCAGAGAAUCCACACAGGUGAGAAGCCUUAUAAAUGUGCCGAGUGUGGGAAAGGCUACAGUCAGUUUCCGUCCCUAGCUGAACAUCAGAAACUCCAUACUGGAGAACAGCUUUGCCAGUGCUUGCAGUGUGGGAGAACCUUUACACGUGUGUCCACCCUUAUUGAACACCAGAGAAUUCAUACUGGACAGAAACCAUAUCAAUGCAACGAAUGUGGGAAGACCUUCAACCAGUAUUCCUCCUUCAAUGAACAUCGGAAGAUUCAUACUGGGGAGAAACUUUACACAUGUGAUGAAUGCGGGAAAGCCUUUGGCUGUAAAUCAAACCUUUAUCGGCAUCAGAGGAUCCAUACUGGAGAGAAACCCUAUCAGUGUAAUCAGUGUGGAAAGGCCUUCAGCCAGUAUUCAUUCCUAACUGAACACGAGCGAAUCCACACUGGAGAGAAGCUCUACAAGUGUAUGGAGUGUGGGAAAGCCUAUAGUUAUAGGUCAAACCUCUGUAGACACAAAAAAGUUCACCUUAAGGAGAGGCUAUAUAAAUGGAAAGAAUAUGGGGCGCCCUUUAUGUAUGGCACAUCCCUUACUCCAUAUCAGAGAUUUGUGAAAGGAGACAAGCCUGAGAACAUUAAUUCAUCACUGUAAUCCAAGACACAUCAGAAGAGUAGUGCGUAGAAUGCAAAUCGGAAUAGUCAUCUUUUUUACUUGUACAGCAGAUGGUUACCACUAAGUCAUGGACGGUGGAUGCACAAAGAAUGCCCACAUCAACCAUUUAAGGACUAUUACAAAUAUGUUAAAAAUUCGUAGGAAAAGUAUGAAAGGCCUCACUUAAAAAACAAAACGUAUGAGUAACUGUUGCGUAUAAGCAUUUUUCAUGAGAGGGUCAUCUCUUUCUAAGAGCUUCUGUGUUAUGAGUUUUCUUUUCAAGAUAGUCUCUGAUGUAGUUGAUAAUGUGAAGAAUUGUGGGGCCUCAGUCCCUAAAAUGGUGAGCUGUUAUAGGGAGAAGUCCUUUUCAUAAAGAGCCACUACAGAGGAAAAGAAUACUUUGAUUUGUUGUGUAUCAACAAUAAAGCUCUUUAUAAAUUGCUCCUUAUACAACAUAUUUGUGUGUAUGUAUGCAUUUAUAUUCAUAUAUACACAUACAGGACUUUUAUGUAUAUGUGGCCAUGUCACUUAACAAUGGGGAUACAGUUAGAAAAGGCUUCAUUAGGCACUUUCAUGGUUAUAGGAACAUCAUUGCAUUUGCAUAGCCCUACACGUUCUGGGUCAGCCAAUCAAUGUGAUCUCUUGAGGUGGUCAACAUACCAUAAUUUUUUUUAAAAAAAAAACAAAACUUUUUUGAGUUUAUAAUUUAAUUACAUUUCUCCCUUCCCUUUCUCCAAAGCCUCCGAUACGCUCCUCCCCACGCUCCUUCAAAUCCAUGGCCUUUCUUCUAAUUGUUAUGCAUGCAUAUUUCCAUACUUUUUUAUAGUAAGUGUUUUUAUUGGUUUGCUUGUUUAUUUUAGAUAGAGUUUCACUACGUACCUUAAUGGCAUUGAACUCAUUAUGUAGACCAGGCUGGUUUUAAACUUUCAGUCUUCCUGCAUCAGCCUCUUAUGGACUAGGAAUAGAGGCAUGAGCCAUCAUGCUUGGUGUAAAUUUUAUUAGUAGAAUGUGUAUACUCUAAGGAUAAAAGUAUAGUAUAGCAAAUGAGUAAGCUGGUAAUGUAGAUUGUCCCCAUCACCAUGUGUCAUGUACUGUAGAUAAUUGUGUGUGCUGUGGUGUCGUCUGGCUGCCAACACAGAGGGUUUGUUUGCACAAAUGAGCAAUGCAUUGUGCCUAAGGUGUUAUUAUAGUUAGAAAGUCAUGACAGCUCCGAUGUAAUUGGACAAGUAGGAAUUUUGCAGACCAGUUGUAGUCUAAUGAGACCACUGUGAUAUGUGUUGGCUGUUAUUGGCCAAAAACAUCAUCAUGGGCAAAAGGCUGCAUGCACACACUCACAUAUAUGUAUGUAUAUGUGUAUGCCAGUGUAUAUACAUACACAUACAAAGAGUUUAGGACAUUUUUUUUCUUCAUAGUCCCUAAUAAUUAAAAAAGAUUCAGUUUACUAAUUUAGAAUUUACUGUUUCAAAUUUAAAAUUCUCCCAAGGGAGACUUCUUUCUAAGUCUUCUGUAUCUGUAAUGGAAUCUGGUUCUGGAUCUAGCUGAGUAGAGGCUUACAGUACUAGAGAAGUAGGCCUGAUCAGACAGAGGUGGGCAGACUGCCAUCCAAACAGUACACUAUGUACUGUAGAAGGCCAGUGUUGACAGACUCUCCUGCUAUGAACCUGUUAGCACUUUAGGAUUGGAGAGAUUUUUAAUUUAUAACCUUUUAAGAAUCGAGGUCUUCAGCUCUGAUAAUCUAUGAUUGUUACAGGUUCAUUUCUAGCCUCAAGGCUUAAGAACCCUAUUUGUUUUGUAACCUGUUCAAAUAUUAUUGCUAGUAAUGUAAUCAGUUAUCUUUAGUUUCUCCUAGCUUCGGUCUUAGUAGUGGAGUUGAGAACAUGCCCCCCUUCUUCUAUCUCUGAUUCAAUACCUGCUUCUAUGAUAACUACUUAAAUUCUCAAAGCCGAUGAAGGUUCAGUUGGAGGUAUCACUUUGAUAAUGUUUCCAUGUGUGGCUACCUUUUUAUUACACAACUUUUAAUACUUUUUUUUUCUCCUCCCUGUAGUGCUGACGACUGAAUCCAGGGUUUUGUACAUGCUCAGGAGGUGCUCUACCACGAGCUGUGUCUGCAGCCCAUAGGAUUUAAGUAUAAAGUUGCAGAUGAAUAUUUUAUAUUAAACAAUCUACUUAUUACCUUAAUAUUUUAUAUCUCCCCUAGACCUAGUUCCUUCGUUCUUUGACUUACCCCAUUGGUUUGUGUUAGAAAUUACUCUAGGAGCAUUAAUUAGACCCUUCCAUCUGAACAAAAUAUGAGAAUUAAGCAGGCAUUCAGCACUUAACUGACUUCUUUUGGCUCCUCAGAGUAGUUGUAUGUGUUUAAAUGUUUUUGCAAGAAAAAUAAGACUUCAAGGGUACCCCUGAAUGUCUUCUUGUACCUAGUGAGCAUGCUCAGUGUCCACUUUUUGGUUUACAAAUGCCAUUUGCCUCCAGAAGGACUCAGGACUCCUUGAAGAAAUGAACAAUGGAAUGUUUGGAGUAGGAGGGGAAUAUAAGUACACCCAGAGGAUAUUUUUAUGAUAGAUGUCAUUUUAGGGUUAUUGAUAUGAGCAGGAACAGAGACUAACUUGAAGGUACAUCCUUUGAUCCAACUUAAGACACUUCAAACAUCAAAAUACUCAUGGCAGGGCGGGAUAUAAUAUUUUCUAAAGGUUACAGGGGUGGGGGGAAGCUUUUUAUAACAUUUGAAAAAAAGCAUCUUUUAAGAAUAUCCAAAGCAAUAAACAAAAACCAUUUAACAACUGUCAUUGUCAUUAAAUCUAGCAAAAAGUUGAUUGAUGGUAAAACCUACUACAUGAAAGGCAAUUAAGGAACAUUGCAUCAACCAGAAGAGGGCAGCUGUGAGGUGCGAAGGAAGCACUGCUUUCAUCCUGACACCUGACAGGCAGGGCCACCCCCACCCCCGCUGUGAGCAGAGCUCCCCCCCCUGAGCAGCAGCCAUGUGCCUUCUCCAGAGGCCGCAGAGGCCAAAACCAGUCAAUGAACGCCUAUGGAAAUCUUUUCUCUAGACUUAGCUUCCUGCUUACAAAGAACUGAGAGUAACAUGUUAGAUUAUACGGUAAUAGACAAAUCUAGAGUUUGAGACAUUGGAAAUGAUCAUUAAGUUGUACUUUUCAAAUAGCCAAUGUGUUAGAACAAAAAGAUGCCUGAGGCAGCCACAUGCAAAGUGUAAUCUUUUAUUGAGAAAUAAAGUCAGAGGGAUAUUUAGGGAAAUACAAAGGUGAAAAUGGGUGUUAAAUAAUGUGGUAUGCUUACUUUUCUUAGACUAGGUAAAGUAUUGAAUUUAUAUUUCCCUGUCAUAUGCAUGCAAAAGUUUUAAGUUGACAAGUCAUAAUGUCUGCAGCAUAUUUUAAAUUGAAAUUGAGAAUUGAUCAGCGAUUGUUGAAUUGUUGGGAUCACUCUUUAAACUUGUCUGUACCUAUGUUUAAAUGUAAUAAAAAUUGAGGCAAAAAUGAUUUAUAAA